AUGAUCCUAAUUUUCUUCGCACUCUGUACACUUUUCUUCCUUAUUCAUCAAUAUUUGUGGCGGCGAAGAGGAUUACCACCAGGACCAACUCCAAUUCCAAUUUUCGGAAAUUUAUUUCAACUUUCCGGAUCCGAGGCUCCCGGCAUUUCGAUUUUCCAAAAAUGGAAAGACCAAUACGGACCAAUUUUCACAUUUUACAUGGGUCCGGUCCCAUUUGUAGUUUUAACUGAUUAUCAAGAUAUCAAGGAAACGGUUAUAAAAGAUGGAGACACCUACGCUGACAAAUAUCUUUCGCCAGAAUUCAACAAAUAUUUCAGAGGAGGUGAAUAUGGAAUAAUGGACAUUAGUGGAGAUCGCUGGAAGGAACAUCGAAAAUUUGCAGUUCUUCAAUUAAGAGAGCUUGGAGUCGGAAAACCUCUAAUGGAGUCUAAAAUACUAAUUGAAGCAGAGGAACUGAUUAAGAAAUUAAAAACAGCCGAAAUCUUGAACGAAGAUUUUCUGCUUCAGUCAGAGUUGGACGUUGCUGUAGGAAGUGUAAUUAAUCAAUUCCUUUUUGGGUAUCGUUUUGACAGAUCAAAGCUAUUUGAAUUCACGAGAAUAAAAACGCUGGUUAACAAUUUUAUGGAAGAAGUUGGAAAACCACUGGGUGUUCUUGCUUUUACAUGUCAUGGAAUUCCCUCGUUUCUGGUAAAGCUUAUGGUUAGUGGAAUUGAGGAGCAGAAGCGUGAAUUGUUUAGAUUUCUUCGUAAACAAAUCGACGGUGCAAAAUCCCAAAUUAAUUACGAAGAAGAGCAUAAUGAAGAUUUUGUGGAGGCUUACCUUAGAAAAAAGUUCCAACGAGAACAAAAGAAUGAUUUUGAUAGUUACUGUGAUUCUCAACUUGAAAACGUGUGUUUCGAUAUCUGGGCGGCGGGAUUUGACACUCUCACGAACACUGUUGGCUUCCUUAUCGCCUACGCUAUAAAUUAUCCGGAAAUGCAGAUGUUGAUUCAUCAGGAAAUAGACAACUAUCUUGCGCAUCAUAGUCGUCUUCUCACGUUAGCAGACAAAAAUGCACUCGUGUACUUCAAUGCUUUUGCCAAUGAAGCUCAACGAGUUUCAAAUAUUCUUCCAAUGAACUUACCACAUGCAUUAACCAGAGACGUUAAGCUGAAAGGAUAUCAUUUGAAGAAAGGAACAGGUGUCAUUCAUCAAAUUGCUAACGUCAUGACCGAUGAGACUAUUUUCAAAGACAGUCAGCGUUUCGACCCAAAUCGAUUUAUUGACGAAAAUGGAAAACUGAAAAAGAUUGAGGAACUGUGCCCGUUCUCCAUGGGAAAACGACAGUGUAUUGGUGAAGGACUUGCAAGAAUGGAAAUAUUCCUUCUAGCUGCAAAUCUAUUCAAUUAUUUUGAGUUUCUUCCGGCAUCAGACGGAUUACCUUCACUCUACAAAGAUUUCAGUCUGGUAUCCCAUGUCAUUCCAUAUAAAUGUCGCCAAUACAUCCCCUAA